AUUGCACUUGUAGGCAGGCGAGCAUACGGCCCACAUGAUGGUUAAAUCCGGCGGCGAUGGGAGCAACACCGACGACGAAUACUGUUUCGUGGAGACCCAACCCAGCAGUCAGGACAACGAUCUGGAUGAGCCAGUCGUGAACUGGAUCGGUUCAGGGCCGGCCUACAUGUUCGACAAUCACUUCAGCGUUCCCGCUGCUAGGACUGAUGUACUUAAAGCACCGAAGAGUUUCCCAUUGCCGAUGUUGCGGUACACGUUGUGCGAAAUGAGCAUCACAUGGAACAUGUACGGGGGCAAUGACUUCCGUAAUCCCGCCGACGCGGUAUCUUCCAAGAAAACGGUCACCAUAGAUGACAAUCGUAAAUUAGGAUCCCCUACCUCUGUAAAGCGCAGUAAAGACUACGAGCCGUACGAGAGCGGCCGCGCCAUUGCAGCCGCGUACAGAAGCGGCGGGGUCGGCUGGGCGGCGGGCGCCGACCGAGUGCGGACCAACACGCGCGCGAGCGUGAAGCGCAGGGAACUACGCACCAGGGGCGGACCUCAACGCGACCACAAGACGAAGGUCAAACUGUGCCUCACUAAAGUGAAAUUCCAAUACGAGGUGUAUCCUUCUGGUGGCAUGCACGCGUCCCGGCAAACCCUCGCGAUCAGCAAGAUCGAAGUAUUGGAUCAACUUGAGUGCAGCGACAUCAACAAGCUUCUCAGCCAGUACAAGUUGAAAGACGAGCCGGAGAGAAAAAACGCCCAUAUGUUAGUUGUGAAAGCGGUACACCUGCGUCCAGACCCAGCACUGACGGCCCAGGAGUGCUGCCUCAAGAUAUCUCUGUUGCCGCUCUGGUUCAACCUCGACCAAGACACGUUGGGCUUCUUGAUGGGAUACUUUUCUAAAUUAGGGUCUGAUGAAUGCAGCGGUGAAGACGACUCAAAAAGCGUCGGAGGUCUGUCGACGGACUCGAGCGGGUCGAGACAGACCACGCCCACCCACCGGCCCCCCGUCAUGACCAUCGCGAGCCACCUCAAGGACCCGCCCCCCACCCCCACCUCGCUGGGGGACGCUGAUGCCCUAUCGCUCAACGAAACUGUGCUUCGCGAUGAAGAGCCUCUAAUGGAGACAUACGAAGCGGAACGUCUGGUCUCCGAGAACCUGAUCCAGCUCGAGGAAGACUUCAACAAACUGGGCAUCGAUCAAGGGAAACCGGCCGCGAAGCUACCCGUCGACGCUGAGCCCGUCGACGACUCACCGAUUUACUUCAGACGCGUGGUGUUUUCCCCGGAAGUACCCAUACGGUUGGACUACGUGGGCAAACGCGUGGACCUGUCGUCUGGUCCGGUCGCUGGCCUGCUCAUGGGACUGGGACAGCUCAACUGCUCCGAACUCACACUGAAGAGGCUUGACUACAAACUUGGAUUGUUGGGCACUGAGAAACUAGUUCAGUGGGCGUUGCACGAAUGGCUCUCCGACAUAAAGAGGCAUCAACUACCGGGAUUGCUCAGUGGAAUAGGACCGAUGCACUCGCUUUUACAACUCAUAACCGGCAUCCGCGACCUGGUGUGGCUGCCGGUGGAGCAGUGGCGGCGCGACGGGCGGCUGGUGCACGGGCUGCGGCGCGGCGCGGCCUCCUUCACGGCGCGCACCGCCGUCGCCGCGCUCGACAUCACCACGCGCAUCCUGCACCUCAUACAGGCCACAGCAGAGACAGCAUUCGACAUGCUGACCCCCGGGCCGACCCUGCAGCUGCAAGACGCGUACAACCGCCGGGAGAGGCGUCGCCGGCGGCGGCUGGACCCCUCGCGUCAUCCUACUGAUAUCAGAGACGGAGUGGCCAGCGCCUAUCAAACAGUCCGAGAGGGCUUCGCGGAGACAGCGGCGACGGUGAGUCUGGCGGCGCGCGAGUCUAGCGGCGUGGGCGUGCUGCGCAUGCUGCCCGGCGCCGCGGUGUCGCCGCUGCUGCUGGCGGCCGCGGGCGCCGCCGACCUGCUGGGCGGGGUGCGCGCCACGCUGGCGCCGCACGAGCGGGGACACUGCGCCGACAAGUGGCGCCGCCACCCUACUCCGGACGCCGUGGACGAUUGAACCGAAGAAGGAGGCUGACGCUGAGCAAUCUUCUCGCAAAGACAUCUCCACACAACUACCUUGAUAUUAAUCUUAAGACUUUCAGACAUAUUGGCCUAUAAAAAUAAAAAAAAUUUACACGUACAUCUAAAUAACUUUGUUAUUCAUUUGGAACAAUGCUUAUACCUCGCCGUAGAGUGGCAGUAUAUGAGUAUAUCUGAUUACAAUUAUGUUUAAUUAAAUCGUUUGGUCACACCAAGUACGGUAAUGCGAAAUUUACUUGUCUUCAGAAUCGAUAUGGCUAAAAUUCCUAAUGGAAUGUUCUAGAAAAGGAUCUAUCCUAUUUUAAGUGAAAAUUAUUAAAAUGAGUACUGAUGGCUGUUGAUUUGUGACAGCUUUCGUCUUUCGAUUUCUAUGACAUGUUAUCACUUAAGACUUCAUGAACUGUGAGCUCGUCUACAAUUUAUAGUAAUACAAAAAGACAUAGCGUAUUGAUUAAAAAAGUAGAAAUGACAACAAAAUCCAUCAGAUAAAAUUUAACUAAUACAUGUUAAUAAUAAACCAAAUAUAUAUUAAUAUUUUACGUUCAUUAUUUGUUUAGAUAAAACGGACGAGCUAAUUUUAUGCUAAGCAGUUAACGGAGUCAAUGGAAAACAAAAUUUGAAUCCACCCACUUUGAGACUUGAGAUAUACAGAGUUCGUCUCAUUUGGACGUGUUACUGAAAUUAUAUAUUCGAGGAAAUUGAAGAUAAGUUGUUGAGGCUUCGACCUCAAAGGCCUCAACGUUCCGCGUCCCCAUUAUGUAGAUACUAAAAAUAAAUCACAAAUUGUCAUUUUAAAAAGUUGCAUUGAGUGUUUGAAAUGGUGACAGAUACGUACUUUAUUAAGAUUUUAUGGGCAAGUCAAGCAAUACUUCCUCUUGUGUUUUUAGAAGCUAUAUAUUACAAUACGUUAAAAACUAUUAGCCAUUAGAAGACAUUGCGGCUGAAAUAUGUUAAAUUUUGUAUUGUGUAAUUCAUUAGAUAACUCAAGUGCAAUUGCAUGCAUUCAAUAAAUAAUAAUAAUUUUAUUACAUUUAAUUCGAUCGCGUUUAUUGAAACUAAAAGAGUUUUUUUUAUUGGUAUCUUUUUUUUAUAAAGUUGUGAUCUAUUUUUGUACGAAAUUGCGUAAUAAUAGGUAUGCAUGCGUUUUUGAACAAUUUAAAAGUGUUAAUAUAAAUUUCAUGUUAUUAACGUUAUGAAAAAGUAAAGAAAAAUCUAAUAUUUGUUGCGUUAUCAACAGUGAUAUAUAGUUUUUUUGUUAGCUUGGUUUUUUUUCAUUGGCAGCGAGAGUAGACAGACCUACUACGGCUCCGCUUGUCGUAAGCGAUCCCUGUCGCAGACGUGUAUGCGAUAUGUAAUUGUAAAGUUAAGAAUGCCUACUGUUACCAGCACAAUAAAAUCAACAGAAGUUAAUAGGUAAAAAUAAAAAAUAAAGACAGUAAUUUUUUUACAAUACAUCGCUUGAUUGUCACAGAGGCAACAUGGAUGUGGCAUAAAGAUAUGCAAUCUAAUUUAUUUUUAAGACUGUUUAAAUUUAAAACACUUCUAAAUUAAACCUUUGACGGUUUAAUCUCGCGUUUAUUAUUCGAUCAGUCGUCCAGUCCACGAAAAUUUUAUGAUUAUUCUUAUUAUUAUUAUUGUAUCAUAAUAAUUAUUAUUCGUAAUAUCGAAAAUUGUAAUAAAUGCGUAAUUAAAACGAAUUUUAGGGCAGCAAAAUGUUUGUAUUCUUUCUAACGCUGAAAACAUAUCAAUCUGAAAGUCAAAUCAUAUGACUCCCGCAUGUAUUAAUUACUACAACAGUAAUACAAUUUGUGUGUUCAAUCGAAAUGUCCACUGGGUGAUAUUGUUGACUGAUUGUUUUGACAGAAAUAAGUUUUGAUUCCUGGCAACACAAUAUAAUUUUACGUUAUCUGUAUUCUCAAUAAUUUUGUUAGUUUUACAAUUAAUUUCGAGUUUAAAAAGACUGGUGCCCCAAUUCGUAUUUAUCUAGCAUUUUAGAGCAUUUUUAGCUUUUUAACCCGCUAUACAUUGAUGAGACCAUAAUAAAAAUAAUGUUAAAACUGAAAUACCGAAUUAAUUUGCCAUUUUUACGUCACUAGUCUUCAUCGAAAAUUAAUGAUAGUUAAUUUGAAAUAUCCUUAAAACUGUCAUGCUUUAUUUUUUAUUACAUAAUAUUAGAUAGUAGUAAAAUGUAACGGGUGCGUUUGCAGCGUUUAUACAAAAUAGCUCCUAUCUCGCAGUGGUCAAGAGCGAAAUUUAAAAAAAACAAAUUUUCUAUACGUACACUUAUUUUGUUACUACGCGAAGUAAGAAAAGUAUAGAGCACUGUAUCAAUUAAAUUUAUCUGACAGGCACGUGCCGUUGAAAUAACUACCGUCCAUCUGGGUAACUUUGUCCCGACAUGCGAACAAUUUUGUAUUUAUUGUCUUAGUUUUACUGGAUAUUAAUAAAAAAUAUGGAUUUUCCGUGGGGUUUAAACGUUUACAAUUUGAAAUUUGAGUGAUUUUGCAUGAGCAUAGAGUGCAAAUAGCACAAAAUUGACAAAAAAUUGUGGGCCAAUGUUAAACGGAAAGCUUAAGUUACCCUGAUUGACGGUAGAUAUUAUUAUUAGAUGAAUAUCCUAUUCGUAUACUAAUUGUUUAAGGGGAUACAAUAAAUCGGGUGCCAUGACACGGAAUGUUAAUUCCGAAAUUAACUUUGAAUUUUACGUUAAAUUCUUGAACGUCUAGAAUUAUUCAAAUUUUUUAUUUUCUUUUUAUCAUUUACGUUUAAGAAUUUUUUAUUUUAGUUCGUGUGAUACCUUUUUUUUUAGUUUAAGAUAUUUUAAAUCGAUAGAACAAUUAGUUUGAGAAAUAAACAAGAGAACCACGA